AUGGCGUCGAGCGAUGGCCUCUCGUCUCUGGGUCCGGAUGGAGCUUCAGCCGCCGCACACGCUCUGUCACUCCCCGCCGAGGCGUAUGGGAACGAUGAGCACCUGGAAGUUAUGUGGGCCAUGAAGGCCUACAACCACGCCGAGGUUUAUUUCAAUCUCAUAUCUUCAGUGGAUCCCAAGUUCCUGAAGUUGACCAAGAUGGAUGAUGACAUCUACUCCACCUUCAGAGAAACCUUUGAGGACCUGGAUAUCAAAGUGCUCCACCCGGACCAACUCAAGUCGGCGGAGGCCAAAGAGAGAUGGCGGCCCUUCUGUAACCGCUACGAAGGCCUGGUGGAAGACUUCAACUACGGGACUCUGCUGCGACUGGACUGCCAGAAGGACUACACUGAAGAGAACACCAUCUUCGCCACCAGGAUCCAGUUCUUCGCUGUGGAGAUCGCCCGAAACCGAGAAGGGCUCAAUGACACAAUCUUCACGUCAAAGUCCUCUAAAAGUUAACCUACAACCGUGAGCUUCCCCCCACCUCCCCACCAAAUGUUUUGUUAUGCUGACAAGUGAUAAAGUGUGUCUUUGA